AUGGAAUAUCCAAACUCAACUACCUUCAAAAUUUCAGUAUUGAUAAUCAUUUUACUAGGAGUUAAGGCUACAGGUUUCGAUUUGAAUCCUGUGCUUAGGGUAACCGUAGUAAUUAGGAAUGAUAUCCCUCCACAUCCAACUCCUCUAGAUCUCACCGUUCAUUGUAAAUCAAAACAAGAUGAUCUCGGAUUUCACACACUCAAGUUUGGAGAAACUUUCAUGUUUCGAUUUCGCCCAUCUCCGUUUCCGAAAAUUGUUCAAACUUUAUACUUCUGUAGCUUUACAUGGCCAGGAAACGUUUAUCUUCACUAUCUUGAUGUUUACAAUCAAGGCGUAGAUAACUGCAGAAAUUGCACUUGGAGAAUACACACCAAUGGUGGUUGUACCGAUUAUAGAGGAUACGAGCAAUGUCAUAACUGGAAAGGUGUUGCACUAAUGGAUGCAAAUAAUACUUCUAUCAUGUAA